GGGCCCGCGGCCCCACGAGAUGCCGGGCGUGCCCGCCGCCUACCCCGCGCUGCCCGCGCACCGCCCGCCCUUCGACCCCGCCACCUCCCACUCCAGCUACCUCGCCAGCGCCGCCGCGGCCUCUCAUUUAGGAUCUGCCGUCUCGCCGUUUGGUCGGUUUCCCCCUUCGUUCCCCGCACCAACACCUUCACCCUUUCCUCUUGGAUUUCCUCAAGGUCCUAGAGAAAUGGCGCCCCUUGGCCCUCUGGCAGGAAUCCAUGAUCCAUGGAGACUGCAGAGAGCACCUGCUGGCUUCCCUGUGACGGCUGCUGGCCCAUGGAGUUACAAGUCAGAGGCUUCCGUGUUAGAAGAAAGAAGUCGAGAGCGAGAAAGAGAAAGGGAGCGUGAGAGAGAGAAGGAAAGGGAGAGGGAACGUCAGAGGAGAGAAAGAGAACGAGAAGAGCAAAGGAGACAACAAGAAAGAGAACGAGAAGAGAAGCGGAAACAAGAUGCUGAGCGAGAAAGAGAGAAGUGAGUGUUAAGUUCCUAGUCGAUGCGACUGCUGCUGAUUUUAAUUUUAAGCAUUAGGGUACACUGUAUUCAACU